UUUCAAUAAAAAAUUAAAAUUUCCACAAAGGAAUCUUACGUAUUGAUUAUCGUCCGGUUAUUUUAGACAGAAACUCCGUAAAAGCGCAUGCGGGUUAAUCUGGAAAGAGACAACCGAUAUAAUCGAAGUUGUUCAUGAUUCAUGCGCUUUGUGUACCCUGUUGUUAUUUCUCUUCAGCCAUGUUCGAUAGUUUGUAAUUUUUGAUUUUGCCGUGGGAAAUUUAAUAAAUAGUAUCCAAAAAUGGCCGGGAAUACCGGGAUGGAGCAGCUUAUUCCGAUAGUGAACAAACUUCAAGAUGCCUUCACCCAGUUGGGAGUGCAUAUGACUUUGGAUCUCCCACAAAUUGCUGUUGUGGGCGGACAGUCAGCAGGAAAGAGUUCAGUUUUAGAAAAUUUCGUAGGAAAAGACUUCCUUCCUAGAGGAUCUGGCAUAGUCACCAGACGUCCCCUGAUUUUGCAAUUGAUUCAUGCCAAUGCUGAAUAUGGAGAAUUCUUACACUGCAAGGGUAAGAAGUUUGUGGACUUUGACGAAAUCCGACGGGAGAUCGAAGCAGAAACCGACCGCGUUACUGGUAGUAACAAAGGCAUAUCUAAUAUUCCUAUUAACCUGAGGGUAUAUUCUCCCAAUGUGUUGAAUUUGACUCUCAUUGAUCUCCCGGGAUUAACUAAAGUUCCAAUCGGCGAUCAACCAGUGGAUAUUGAGCAACAGAUCAGAGGCAUGAUAAUGCAGUUUAUCAAACGAGACUCUUGUCUCAUUCUAGCGGUUACACCGGCGAACACAGAUUUAGCUAACUCGGAUGCUUUGAAACUUGCUAAAGAAGUAGAUCCGCAAGGUAUUCGAACUAUUGGUGUAAUAACCAAACUAGAUCUGAUGGACGAAGGCACAGACGCUCGAGAUAUUUUAGAAAACAAGCUGUUACCUUUAAGGAGGGGCUAUAUUGGUGUUGUAAAUAGGUCUCAAAAAGACAUUGAGGGUAGAAAGGAUAUCAAUGCUGCACUUGCUGCUGAAAGAAAGUUCUUUCUCAGUCAUCCUGCUUAUCGGCAUAUAGCUGAUCGGCUGGGAACGCCUUAUUUACAAAGAGUUCUCAAUCAACAGCUCACAAAUCAUAUUAGAGAUACCCUACCUGGUUUGAGAGAUAAAUUGCAAAAGCAACUGCUAACACUAGAAAAGGAUGUUGAUCAGUUUAAGCAUUUUAGGCCGGACGAUCCUGCAAUUAAAACCAAAGCAAUGUUACAAAUGAUUCAGCAAUUGCAAACCGAUUUUGAGAGGACAAUUGAGGGUUCAGGAUCAGCUCAAAUCAAUACCAAUGAAUUAUCGGGCGGUGCCAAAAUAAAUCGCUUAUUUCACGAACGUUUUCCUUUUGAAAUUGUUAAAAUGGAGUUUGAUGAGAAGGAGCUUAGAAGGGAAAUUGCAUUUGCUAUUAGAAAUAUUCACGGUAUUAGAGUCGGCCUGUUCACUCCAGAUAUGGCGUUUGAAGCAAUUGUGAAGAAACAAAUAUCCAGGCUAAAAGAACCAUCAUUAAAAUGCGUCGAUCUUGUGGUCACAGAACUAUCAAAUGUAGUUCGUGUUUGUACAGAUAAAAUGACCCGCUAUCCGAGGUUACGUGAGGAGGUUGAAAGAAUUAUAGCAACUCAAAUCCGUCAAAAAGAACAGUAUUGCAAAGAGCAAAUUUGCCUGUUAAAUGAGUGUGAGUUGGCCUAUAUGAACACAAAUCAUGAGGACUUUAUCGGAUUCGCAAAUGCACAAAAUCAGUCAGAGGCCGCAGCUUCGAAAGGCUCACGUUCUCUAGGCAAUCAGGUCAUAAGAAAGGGUUACAUGUGUAUUCACAAUUUAGGAAUCAUGAAGGGCGGCUCCCGUGAUUAUUGGUUCGUUCUGACCUCUGAAAAUAUCUCCUGGUUCAAGGAUGAGGAAGAGCGGGAAAAGAAAUAUAUGCUACCUCUUGAUUCUCUUAAAUUGAGAGACAUUGAACAGGGAUUUAUGUCAAGACGUCACAUGUUCGCUCUGUUUAAUCCAGAUGGAAAGAAUGUUUAUAAGGACUAUAAACAGUUGGAGUUAAGCUGUGAAACUUUAGAUGAAGUUGAUUCCUGGAAAGCUUCAUUUUUAAGGGCUGGAGUGUACCCUGAGAAGCAGACCGAGCAAGCUAACGGUGAUGAGAGCACAAAUGAGGGAGGAUCUUCUAGCUCCAUGGAUCCACAAUUAGAGCGUCAAGUAGAAACUAUCCGAAACUUAGUGGAUAGCUAUAUGAGAAUCGUAACGAAGACAACGAGGGAUCUUGUUCCUAAAACCAUCAUGCACAUGAUCAUUAAUGACUGUAAGGACUUUAUCAAUGGAGAAUUACUCGCUCAUAUUUAUGCCAGUGGAGAUCAAUCUCAAAUGAUGGAAGAAGCACCCGAAGAAGCUCAGAAACGGGAAGAAAUGAUGCGUAUGUACCACGCCUGCAAGGAGGCGCUCAGAAUUAUUGGGGAUGUUUCUAUGGCUACUGUAUCGACUCCAGUGCCGCCUCCAGUUAAAAAUGAUUGGCUGGCAAGUGGUCUAGAUAAUCCGCGACUUUCGCCGCCUAGUCCUGGCGGACCUAGGAAACCAACCCCGCAAAUGGGGACCGUAGGCUCCAGCGGAUCGUUAGGAUCAAGAGGACCCCCACCACCCCUUGCUGGUACUGGUCGUCCAGCACCUGCAAUACCCAACAGACCGGGAGGUGGCGCCCCUCCUCUUCCUUCUGGCCGUCCUCAAGGACAGGCUUUGCCCGCCCCCCUCAUCCCUACCCGGGCGCAAGGAGGCAUCCAGGUUCCCCCACAGGUCCAGAUGGCCGUAGGCCGUGCGAUGACCCAAGCCGCCGUAAACGAGUUAUCUAACGCCUUCAAGUUUAACCGUUCAGUACCAAACGUACCUCCUAGAAUACCCGAUCGACCGUACCCUGCCGCAAGACCCAAUUGAAGACGUAUUUUUCUAGUCAAAUCCGAGAUUAAUUGGGACCAGAAAAAGGGGUGCUAGAAUUAUUGCCUCCGGGUCUUCACUGUGAUCGUACAAACUUUCUUAUGCUGAUAAUUUAAAAAUAGCUGUAUUAAUUUAUUUAAUACUUAAAAACAAAUGGAUAAGUGAAACCUAGUCUCCGAUGAGUAGUAUUAUUAUGAUAUCUGUAUAUAUUUGUGUAAUUAUUUGUAAUAAUUGUCUUUUUUUAAAAUGUUGGGCAUU